AUGUCAGAAAUUAAUAUUUUGAUAGUUGGGCGGAUAAUCACUGCCGUCUUUUCUCCUCUCAGCGACGCUGCGCUCAUACUUUACCUUCAGGAAAUCUCACCAUGCAGCCUCAGAGGUACCAUGUCCUCUUUGUUCUCAACAGGAUAUGCUGUUAUGUGCCUUUUCGGGAUGCUUCUUGGUCAUGAGGAUGUACUCGUUGCCGUCCUCAUACUUACACUUCCGUUUUACCCCAUAUUACAAAACAGCACAUUUUUCUUCACUCAUCUCAAUAUUCCCAGUCCUAAAAUCAUAAUCCUGAUUUUCAGCAGCGUUGCUCAAUUCUCUUCGACCUUGUUGAUGGUUCUCCUAACAUUCGCAUGUAUUGCCUCAACCUGCAUCGUUGACAAACUUCCACGGAGAUUAAUGCUCCUAACAGCCGGAACUUCAUGCAUGCUCUCACUGACAGCGUUUGUCAUUGCUGCAGAGUCUGGCUACAGAUAUAUAGCAGUAGCUGGAGUCUUCGUUUUUGUUUUCUCUUAUGGGUCUGACACACCAGAGUUAAAAUUUCUGCACAUGUCAAUAGAUGUUUCGAGAGUCGGCGUUGGCCCCGUCGCAUGGUUCAUCUCCCCAGAACUGGUACCUCUACAGUACAGAUCGGCAAUGUUCUGUAUGUGCUACGCCGUUCACUCUAUGCUAGUCGUGCUCACAAACUUCGCUACGGUACCUUUAAUAGGGCUGUAUAGUACUGCUGAUGCAGCUGACGUAUCAUCAGCUGAACAUAUAUUGGCGUACUCAGCAAAUCCAAAAUUAUCUGCAAUUGUUUCACUUGCGGAGGCGUAA